AUGCGGGACCAGCUGGAGCGGUGCCUUGGCGAGUGGCGGGAGCUGGAGGAGGAGUUCCGGCAGCUCCAGGAAACACACAAAGUUUACAGGCAGAAACUGGAAGAAGUCACCAGCUUGCAGACAGCCUGCAGCAGCUCCAUACAUCGACAGAAGAAGACACUGAGGGAUCUGAAGCACAGCCUGCAACGGUGCAAGCCCAGAGCGAGUCCUGAGGAGUUUGCUCUCAUUCAGGAGAUCAGCAGCCAGAUCAAGGAGAGGCAGAAUGCCUUCUUUGACAUGGAAGCCUACCUGCCCAAGAGGAACGGCUUGUACUUAAAUCUGGUGCUGGGAAAUGUGAAUGUCACUCUCCUGAGCAACCAAGCAAAGUUCGCCUACAAGGAUGAGUACGAGAAGUUCAAACUUUAUCUGACAAUAAUCUUGUUACUUGGGGCUGUUGCCUGCAGGUUUUUUCUCCACUACAGGGUGACAGAUGAAGUGUUUAACUUUCUGUUGGUGUGGUAUUACUGCACGCUGACGAUACGGGAAAGCAUUCUCAUUAGCAAUGGCUCAAGGAUCAAAGGCUGGUGGGUGUCUCAUCACUACGUUUCCACAUUCCUGUCUGGAGUGAUGUUAACAUGGCCAGAUGGACUCAUGUAUCAGAUGUUUCGCAGUCAAUUUUUAGCAUUUUCAAUAUUUCAGAGCUGUGUUCAGUUCUUACAGUAUUAUUACCAAAGGGGCUGCCUCUAUAGGCUCCGGGCUUUGGGGGAGAGAAACCACUUAGACCUAACAGUAGAAGGAUUUCAGUCCUGGAUGUGGCGGGGGCUGACAUUUCUCCUUCCCUUCUUGUUCUUUGGGCAUUUCUGGCAGCUAUACAAUGCAAUCACGCUUUUCAGAUUGUCAAGGCACAAGGAAUGCAAAGAAUGGCAGGUUUUUGUGUUGGCUUUCACAUUCCUGCUGCUCUUCCUUGGGAACUUCCUUACUACUCUCAAAGUGGUGCACACUAAACUCCAAAAGAACAAAGACAAGGUGAAGAAGCUGUGACUCCCCCUGUUCCCAGUAUGCAUCCAUCCCUGUGCCCCCAGCAGGGCUGGUUUGGGACAGAUCCUGCUCAACCCCAGCUGGGCGAUGGCUGGGCUUGGAAGGACUCGCCUGUCCCUGUGUUUGGUGAAGGACUCUGCCAGCACAGACUCAGUAUUAAUGCAAGCAUGGCUCUCCAGUCACACUCCUGCUAUUUAUGUCUAUUUAAUAUAAAACAUGUUUGCUUCUGGGGUUUUUGUUCUGUAUAUAGAGCAGCAUGCACCUGCC